ACGCUUGAUCAAAAUAUAGUGGACCUAGAGAAAAUGCUUAUCAUGAUCAAAAUUUGUCUAAAGCCAAUCAUUACUCCCGUCUCCCUCAACCCCACUAUAAAUCUCCCAAGAUUCAACCGCACCUGAUCACUACCCAAGAACACAUUCAGCGCCCGCUUUUAACUUGGACAUCAAAACACAGAAUAACAUUUUAGCAAAAAAAAAAAAAAAAAAAAAAAAAACACGCACAGAAUCAUAGAUAUGCCAGUGCCAGGCAUUUAGCUAAAAAGCUUCUCUCUCCUCUCUCUCUCUCUCUCUCUCUCUCUCUCUAGUCUUAACCACCAUCCACCUUAUCGUGGAAAAUACUGCAACGCAACAAAGAAAGCGAGAUUUCCCAGAGUGGAAAAUACUGCAACGCAACAAAGAAAGCAAGAUUUCCCAGAUUCUGCAUUCCUUUCUCGUGGAUCCUCCAGUUAUUGACAUGAAAUUGAAAUUUGAAACAGAAGAGAGGAUAUGUCUGUAAUUUAGGAAAAACAUUAAGCAUACAUCCCACAUGAUCACCAAGUGUUUGUGAAAUUUCCUCUGAGAAACUCGACUCUUGAAACGCCCAAAAGAGAUGAUUCCGAAGCCAGCGCGGGUGCUGCUCACAGGGGCUUCCUUAAUCCUCGGCGGAGUCUUCACUCUCAACAUCAUUUCCUCCGCCACCAUCGGAGCUCUUCGGUUCGCCACCGAAUCCAAACGCAGAGGCGUAGCUGUUCCUUGCCGGGUUUGUAGAGGGAAAGGCUUUUACAUAUGCAAACUUUGCAAAGGAAAUUCGAUAAUUCAAUGGUCGCCUUUGUUUGACCCUGUUGCCAUUAACCCUUGUUUGUGUCCUACUUGUGACGGUAACAGAGUGCAACGCUGUCUUAAUUGUCUGGGGAAGGGCUAUGAUUGAGUUCCAAGACGCAUUAUUUUAGAUUCAUAAUUUUCGUUUCCAUUGUGAGUGAAUUGGUUUCACAUGUACUACGUAUAGGUUUUUCAUAUUUGUGCAUGUUAUUACUUAAUAAGUGCAGAGCAGCUAAUACAUCUUUUA